UGGCAGUGUUUACAUCUCAGCACGUGUUAGGUUCAUCUCUCCGGCAAUGCCCACAUCUCUCAGUGCUUCAUCAAAUAAUGGAAAAAAUAUAUAAAAGCUAUCUUACUGCCUGUUAGUGCGUGCAGUUGAUUUUCAAUACUCCAUAAAGGAAUACCUGGAAGGAUUUAAAUCACCAUCAAAUAGACUUCAGCUCCACAAUGAAAAUAGUUUGGCUACUUGGAUUUUGUGCAAUAAUUGCACUAGUGGCAGCAUAUCCUUUAGAUGCAGAAACUGAAGGAGACUCUGACGCGAAACCUGUCAAUCUGUUAGAUGUUGCCGAUGUUGGUGUUGAUCACGAAAAUGCUGCAGAACGCAAGGCUCGUCACUGGGGAGGCUAUGGAGGCUGGGGCGGAUAUGGUGGCUAUGGCGGUUGGGGUGGAUAUGGUGGUUGGGGUGGCGGUUAUGGCGGCUGGGGACGCGGAGGUUGGGGUGGAUGGGGCGGCCAUCACCACCACGGUGGCUGGGGAGGUUAUGGAGGUUGGUGGAAGUAAAUUUGUUAUGAUGUA